AUGCAUUUGUCGCAAAUUUUACAAGGAAUCAACACCAUACCAAUUUAUUAUUUUUUCUCAGAUCUUUUUUGGUCAACAAAUUUAACAAUGGUCUCCAUAAUAAAGAAUACCGAAGAUUUCGAAAAGAAACUGGCAAAUGCUGGUGAUAAAUUAGUAAUACUCGAUUUCUAUGCAACCUGGUGUGGUCCGUGUAAAGAAAUGGAUCCUCAUAUACGCAAAUUGACUCAGAAGUACAAAGAUCAAGCCAUCGUAUUGAAGAUCAAUGUGGACAAAUUCAACGAGAUCAGUGAUUAUUAUAAAGUGAAGAGUAUGCCAACGUUUGUUUUUAUUAAGAAUAAAAAACGUUUAUCGAGCUUUGCUGGCGCUGAUGACGAGAUGCUGCAACAGAGAGUGGAGCAAUAUGUCAAUUAGCCGCCGUUAUUCAAUAAGUCAUAGUUGAUUUGUUUAAUGUUAUUGUUUCUAGAGUAAUAUACACUUGCCGCUGGUUCGUUUGAUUGUCACUUUUGUUUUUAUUUAUUUAAAAUUCCAUUUAUUACUA